AUGUCCUGCUUGGAAGCAGCCGGAAUGGAGCCGAACGAGGAGAGCCGGCAGAGGUGGCGGGAGUUCUGCUACACAAACGGCUUGCAGCCGUACUGCUCUGCCGUUGUCAUGGAAGAGGAGGCCUUGAACUACACCGACGACGCUGCGAGGACACUUCCGCAGAUUCUCUCUGACCAGGGCGUUGUUCCAGCGAUGCGAGUCGAUCAAGGCUUCGUGCCGUUGAACAGCUUCGGGGAAAAGGGCACCGAAGGAAUUGUCCUCUUGCAAGAGAGAUGCGAGGACUUCUACAAAUCGGGAGUCCGCAUUGCCAAGUGGCGAACGCAGUUGGAGUGCAACCUCGAGAUGCCCACGGACGUGGCAGUCUGGGAGAACUCGGACUGCAUUGCUCGUGCGGCGCGCAUCUGUCAGGCCAAUGGCCUGGCUUUCAUUGCCGAAGUCCAGACGGCGCAGAAUACAGGGAGCCACUCGAUAGAGAGAACGGCGUAUGUAUGUGAAAAGGUCUCUACCUGGGGCAUGGCCGGGCGUUUCAGCUCACACCGCUGGACGCAGUCAGCUGCUGGACUUCCACCAGACAUGCCCGAGAGCAUGAGACGGAUCAUGGACGACUACGAGCGGCGGCGGGCCGAGGAGGACGCGCACCAGUCCGCUUUUUGGCGCCUGGCGAAUUCCAGCACCGGAGCCUUGCUUGGGGCGGCGUUGGCCGGGGCCAUCCUUUGGCUGUUCUACUGCCUCGAUGAUGUGUCCAGCUCACCGCAAGGCUUGUGGGCGGUUCUAUUCCGGAAGCUGGGAGAGGAAAGUGCCAGUCAAGUUCUGGUGAAAGCAGCACGCUGGAGACUGCUGCCAAGGGACUUGGACAAGGACGAUCCCUAUCUCAUGAUAGAGCCGCAUGAGGGCCUCAAGUUCUACACGCCUGUUGGACUCGGUCCUGGCCUGGAUACUUGUGGGGAAGGUCUCGCCGCCUUCUUUAAUCUGGGCUUCGGAUUUGUGGAAGUUGGUCCGGUUGGUGCUGGUGGAGCAAAGCCAGAGAUGGUACUUCAAAACCUUGAACGCCGAGACGUCAGCCAACAAAUCGCUCAGCUCGGUUUGCUGGGGGCUUCCGUGGGAGGGAGUCGGGAGGAGCUGCUGUCCCUCAUGUCAUUGUUGGGCCCAAAGCUGCAGCUCUUUGCCGUGGACCUGGCAGCCUUGCCGGCAAACAAUCGGGGCGAGGUGGCAAAGAUCGCCAAGGAGCUGGUGCUAGCAGCAAUGCAGCUGCCUGGGGGCGGACCUCGCAUCUUCUUGAGGCUUCCCGCCAGCUGGCCAGACGCCUCUGCAAGCCACGAGGAGCGGUGCCGCGCCGUGGCGGAGGUCGCCGAAGCAGCGCGGCGCAGCGAAGCCUCGGGGCUCAUCAUCUGCCGUGUGUACUGCCUGAACGUGCUAGUCUGA